AUGUUUGAAUGUAGCCUGAAGCCGUUUAGAGCGAAGGCAGCGGCUGAGACGCGCGGUGCGCAGGUGACGGGCGCGGGCCGCGGGCUGGGCCGCGCGCUGGCGCUGCGAUUCGCCGCGAGCGGCUGCGUGGUGCUGUGCGUGGACGUGGAUGCGGCCGGCAACGAGGCGACGGCGCUCGCCAUCAACGCCUCGCGGGCGCGGGCGCGGGCGCGGGCGUACCCGUGCGACGUGUCGGACGCGGCGCAGGUGCGGCGCCUGGCGGCCUCCGUGCUGGCCGACGUGGGCCGCGUCGACGUGCUCGUCAGCAACGCGGGCGCCGUGCCCGCGCAGCCCUCGCAGCACGUGAUGCUGCUGGCGUUCCUACCGCACAUGGUGGCCCGGGACAGUGGUCACGUGGUGGCCAUCUCCAGCAUGGCGGGCCUCACCGGCCUCGCCAAAGUGCCUUACUCCGCCAGCAAGUUGGCCGUUGCUGGACUGAUGGACGCACUGGGAGAAGAACUGCAUCUAAACAAACACAAUAUAAAAGUUACUUGUGUACAUCCUUACUUCAUUCACACAAGGCCAGACCUCCCUGAAGAUCUACAUUUGAGGGUCCCGGAGCUGUCGCCGGAGGGGGCGGCGGCCGAGGUGGUGCGCGCCGUGCGGGAGGAGCUGGCGAGCGUCACGGUGCCCCGCGACCUGCUCUUCUGGCUGCACGUGCUCAGGUGCGCCCCACACUCGUCGCUGCAAGCAAGUGUCUUUUACACGGCUAAAAACAACGCAGCGCUGCCCCAGGACGCUCGCAACGUGUGGCGGGACCUGUUGCACGCGCGCGUCACACCCGCGGACGCCGCCCCCGCCUCGGCGGCCGCCUGCAGCGCCCAGCGCCCCGUCGCCCUCGAGGCCUGACCCUGCCGCCCCGCCCCGCCCCGGGCACUGCGAACACACGCCAAGCCUGGCGGGUAUCUACGGCUAAUCUGUAAUAUUAAAUGCAGCGAUCAGGAAGAGAUUAGCCGUUCGGUGCGAUUGUUCAUUGCCGACGUUGGACAUUUUGCCCCUGUUGCUGCUUCGGCUGACUCGCUGUGCUGUCUGGCGGGGACUGGACGCGGGAUUGGACUCGUACAGAGUUGAGUUUAUGAAGGGUCGUUAAAUGACGUUUUUCAGAUUUUUGUAAACAUUUGUGUGACGUUUUCAAAGUGUCCUACGAGAGGCCGUUUAUGACCCUAAAGUCUUCUAACGUCGUGUGGCUCGCAGAGUGCACUGCCUUUGCUUGCGUUUGGGGCUUUUGGUUCGCUACUCCCCAACAGCGGCGUAUGUCAUCUGUAAUUGGUCCGAUGAAGACUUUGUAAUGGUAAGCUCCACGAUGGCGCCCCAUGCCACGAGGGGUAUGGAGCAAUGCUCACAUUCAGAGGAAUUCGGGAAAACUACAUCUCUUCCUGCUUCUCUCAUGUAUGUAAACAUUCGUUAAAAGAGGGUGUUCCAACAAGAUGGUUACAUUUUCGCUUGUUUCGCGCAGGAACAGACGUCUUUAAUCGAGGCACUUGAGAGGAAGUGGCCGCUAGGUGACAAUACAGCAGUUUUGGCUGACAACAGUAUUGUCAGUGAAAUAACUUUCAUGGCGGAAUAUUAUAGUACAUACCCUUUAUAAUACACAUUGAUGUUAAUUUGCAACAAUGUUUUAAAAUGUGUAGUACUUUAAUGAUACAUUUGAAGCGUGCGGCCAAAUAACUAGAUAAAUACCACUGAACGUUUAUUUUAUUUAUUUAUUUAUUUAUUGUCAGAAACAGUUAAAACUAUGUGUGGCGUACUACGGAGAGAAGUGUAUUCUCCGCACGUUUUCUUAAAUUCUGUGAUACCUACCUUACGCAGGAGAUUCAUUGAAAGUAUUUUUCUUACAAAUCACACAUGAAAACAAACAUCGUAUUUAUUGUUGAAAAACAUUUUCUCAUAAAAAAAUAGUGAAUAACGACAGGACGAACGUGUGUGACAGGAAGAAAAAAACAAAUUAAUGUAAUCUUGUGUACACGUGUUCUAUUGUUCCACUGGAGACAAAACACAUCAUCCUACCAAAUGGAGCAUUUUGCACUGCCUCGCCUUUAUUCGAUGAUACUUAUCCUGAGACUCGAUAAAGAAAGCCUGAACCUAAGUUUUCAAAUUAAAAUAUUUUUAAAAUCCCGGUUUUGCUCAUGUUGGUGGGUUCUCCAUUGUUCGGUCUUGCUCUUCUAAUAGAAAAAAAAAACAACUUCAUUCUGUGAUUACUUACAAAAUUCCCUUCCAUUAUCCCAGGGAUAAUGAUGUAGGCACUGACUGCUCAGUCGAUACUGCACUGGGGAGCAGGGGUAGUUUGCACAUAGAUUAAGCAUAUGCUUGGGUCUGGAUAGAUAGGAGACUCCCAAUGAUUUUUAAACAAAAUUUUAUAAUACUUCAUAAAUAUUUGAAUAAGUUUUACUAUUUUAUUAAUGAUACAAAAAGUAAUAGACUAUAUACUUCAGACUUCAAAACUUAGAUAAUAUAUUUUUUAGUUUUGCUGGACAAAAUAUAAGGAUUGUUAUUUUCAGUUAUAUCAAUAUUCUCUUAUGUGCAUUCAUAUUUAAUUUGACCACAUGCUGAAUCCUGUUAGAGAACCUCAAUGUUUCAUCUUGCAUAGAAUCCCAUAAGAAAUUAAUCUGGUCCUGCUACUGAGAGAUGUCUUCCCCUUGAAUUAUUCAAGACCAACUACAAAACAAAACUCUUAAUUGUCAAUAGAACAAUAACUGUCACACUCUGUUCCCAAUCCCUUGAUUUCUCAAUAAAGAUGCAUACAAAUGUUAUUGCUUGUGUUUAAAAAAUAACAAAUAAAUGUAAGAAAAAACACUGUUAUAUGUCUUUGCAUUUGAUAUUUAUGUUAAAGUGAUCCUUGUAAUUAAUAUUUUAAACUAAGUAAUCGUAAAGAUGAUGUCUGAUAUUUGGUUCAAAACUAAAAAUGUAUCAAAACUAUCCAAA